CCCUCCGGGCUUCUGGAGUAAUUGGGUUUCCACACGUGCUUCCGCUUGGCUGCUGGCUGGGUUCCGCUGGGCUCGAGGUGCAGUGAUAGUCUUUCACCAUGCAUCGCAAGAAGGUAGAUAACCGAAUCCGGAUUCUUAUUGAGAAUGGAGUCGCUGAACGGCAGAGGUCUUUGUUUGUUGUAGUUGGAGACCGAGGAAAGGAUCAGGUGGUCAUACUCCAUCACAUGUUGUCCAAAGCAACCGUGAAGGCUCGGCCUUCAGUGCUGUGGUGUUAUAAGAAAGAGCUGGGGUUUAGCAGUCACCGGAAGAAAAGAAUGCGACAGCUACAGAAGAAGAUCAAGAAUGGGACAUUGAACAUUAAGCAAGACGACCCCUUUGAACUCUUCGUGGCGGCCACAAACAUUCGCUACUGCUACUACAAUGAAACCCACAAGAUCCUGGGCAACACCUUUGGCAUGUGUGUUCUCCAGGAUUUUGAAGCUUUAACUCCAAACUUGCUGGCCAGAACUGUGGAAACAGUGGAAGGUGGUGGGCUGGUGGUCAUCCUCCUGCGGACCAUGAAUUCACUCAAGCAGUUGUACACGAUGACCAUGGAUGUGCAUUCAAGAUACAGGACCGAGGCCCAUCAGGAUGUGGUGGGAAGGUUUAAUGAGAGAUUUAUUCUCUCUCUGGCCUCAUGUAAGAAGUGUCUUGUCAUCGAUGACCAGCUCAGCAUCCUGCCCAUCUCCUCCCACGCCGCCAGCAUUGAGGCCCAACCACCCCAGACUCUGGAUGAGAAUCUUGGUCCUGCUGAUCUGGAGCUGAAGGAGUUGAAGGAGAGCUUGCAGGACACCCAGCCCGUGGGUGUGUUGGUGGAUUGCUGCAAGACCCUUGACCAGGCCAAAGCUGUCUUGAAGUUCAUUGAGGGGAUCUCUGAAAAGACCCUGAGGAGUACUGUUGCCCUCACGGCUGCCCGAGGAAGGGGGAAGUCUGCAGCCCUGGGACUGGCUAUUGCUGGGGCUGUGGCUUUUGGGUACUCCAAUAUCUUUGUUACCUCCCCAAGCCCUGAUAACCUCCACACUCUGUUUGAAUUUGUAUUUAAAGGAUUUGACGCUCUGCAGUAUCAGGAGCAUCUGGAUUAUGAGAUCAUUCAGUCUCUCAAUCCUGAGUUUAACAAAGCAGUGAUCAGAGUGAAUGUGUUCCGAGAACACAGGCAGACCAUUCAGUAUAUACAUCCUGCAGAUGCUGUGAAACUAGGCCAGGCUGAGCUCGUUGUGAUUGAUGAAGCCGCCGCCAUCCCCCUGCCUCUGGUGAAAAGCCUCCUGGGCCCCUACCUUGUGUUCAUGGCAUCCACCAUCAACGGCUACGAGGGCACUGGCCGGUCCCUGUCCCUCAAGCUGAUUCAGCAGCUCCGUCAACAGAGCGCCCAAAGCCAGAUCAGUACCACUGCUGAGAACAAGGCCACAGCGACAGCCAGACUGGCAUCAGCGCGAACGCUGCAUGAGGUCUCCCUGCAGGAGUCCAUCCGAUAUGCCCCGGGGGACGCGGUGGAGCAGUGGCUGAACGACUUGCUGUGCCUGGAUUGCCUCAACAUCCCCCGGAUCAUCUCAGGCUGCCCCCUGCCUGAGGCCUGCGAGCUCUACUACGUUAACAGAGAUACCCUCUUUUGCUACCACAAGGCCUCUGAAGUUUUCCUCCAAAGGCUUAUGGCCCUCUAUGUGGCUUCUCACUACAAGAACUCCCCCAACGAUCUCCAGAUGCUUUCUGAUGCGCCUGCCCACCUUCUGUUCUGCCUCCUGCCCCCUGUGCCCCCCACCCAGAAUGCCCUUCCUGAAGUGCUUGCUGUCAUGCAGGUGUGCCUGGAGGGGGAGAUUUCUCGCCAGUCCAUCUUGAACAGUCUGUCUCGAGGCAAGAAGGCUUCAGGGGACCUGAUUCCAUGGACCGUGUCCGAACAGUUCCAAGACCCAGACUUUGGCGGCCUUUCAGGUGGAAGGGUUGUUCGCAUUGCUGUUCACCCGGAUUAUCAAGGGAUGGGCUACGGCAGCCGAGCUCUGCAGCUGCUGCAGAUGUACUUUGAGGGCAGAUUCCCUUGUCUUGAGGAAAGGGUCCUUGAGACGUCACAAGAAAUUCACACCGUCAGCAGUGAGGCUGUCAGCUUGUUGGAAGAAGUCGUCACUCCCCGGAAGGACCUGCCUCCCUUACUCCUCAAACUGAAUGAGAGGCCUGCCGAGCGCUUGGACUACCUGGGUGUGUCCUAUGGCUUGACCCCCAGGCUCCUCAAGUUCUGGAAGCGAGCUGGGUUUGUUCCUGUUUAUCUGAGACAGACCCCGAAUGACCUGACUGGAGAACACUCGUGCAUCAUGCUGAAGACCCUGACCGACGAGGAUGAGGCUGACCAGGGAGCCUGGCUCGCAGCCUUUUGGAAAGACUUCCGGAGGCGGUUCCUAGCCCUGCUAUCUUACCAGUUCAGCACCUUCUCUCCUGCCCUGGCUCUGAACAUCAUUCAGAACAGGAACAUCGGGAAGCUGGCACAGCCAGCACUGUCCCGGGCCGAACUGGAAGCCCUCUUCCUCCCCUAUGACCUGAAGAGGCUGGAGAUGUACUCACGGAACAUGGUGGACUAUCAUCUCAUCAUGGACCUGAUCCCGGCCGUCUCCCGGAUGUAUUUUCUAAACCAGCUGGGGGACCUGUCGCUGUCCGCAGCCCAGUCAGCUCUGCUCUUAGGCAUCGGCCUCCAGCACAAGUCUGUGGAUCAGCUCGAAAAGGAGAUUGAGCUGCCCUCAGGCCAGCUGAUGGGACUUUUCAACCGGAUCAUCCGCAAAGUGGUGAAGCUGUUUAACGAAGUGCAGGAGAGGGCCAUUGAGGAGCAGAUGGCGGCAGUGAAGGACGUGGUUUUGGAGCCCACGAUGAAGACCCUCAGUGAUGACCUGGAUGAAGCAGCAAAGGAGUUCCAGGAGAAACACAGGAAAGAAGUGGGGAAGCUGAAGAACAUGGACCUCUCUCAAUAUAUAAUCCGAGGGGAUGAUGAAGAAUGGAAUGAAGUUCUGAACAAAGCUGGGGAGAACACCUCCAUUGUCAGCCUGAAGAGUGACCAGAAAAGGAAGCUGGAAGCCAAACAAGAACCCAAACAGAACAAAAAGUUGAAGAAAAACAGAGACAUGAAGAAUAAAAAAGAUAUGAAACUGAAGCGGAAGAAAUAGGAGCGUGGGCGUCUGUGGCUGACGCAUAGGCAAUGACCCCGACUCGCUCAGCCGUCUCCAGCUGGACCCGUGGUGGCCUUGAUUGUCAAAAGCAGCGAAGUCCCCAUCAGAUCUGGAAGCUGGCCACACGUUCAGACUGUGGCUGAGCUUGGCUUAAGGCAGCGUCUCUUCUGCGCGGGUCCGCCUGGAACUGGACGGUUGGGCGAACCUCUGGUGCUGUCGGGGGCCUGCCUCCCUGCCCCCCGCGCACGCCUCUCCCCCACAAGUUCACGCUUUGCCCCGGGCCCAGCUGUCUUGGCUCCCUCUCACCUGCGUGGAAGCCAUGCUGGCUCUUGUCCCUUCUCGGACAUGAAAUGCACAGCCUUCUGGUGAUGCUGGGAGGCCCCUGCUGGCGCCCUGGGCCUCUCGUCGUGGCCUAGAGCACUGGGGGCUCUGGUCCGACCACAUGGCCGUGGCAGGUCAUUGUGCGCUGGGCUGUGCUCUGCGUAACUUCCUCUCCUGGCUCCGCAGGCCUGUUGCCCUGCGUCCUGGGAAAGCCUGAGCUCUUCAUUUAGGAAGAAUGUGACACUGAGUCCCCAGAUCUGUUAUUUCAUUUAUUUGGGAAAAAAUGUGCAAGAGCAUUUUGCGAGCAGGGGUGAGGAGGGAUAGAGAAUCUAUUUUUAAUAAACAAUAGGCUAGAGA